AAUCGCCUUGAAGUCUGCAGUCCGCGCGGGACACAUGUCCACACAACACCUCUUUAUACAAGACAGUGAAAUGUAUUGAAAAACAAAUUGGCGGGAGUUUUUCAUUUGUUUUAAAUAAUCGUAUUCAAAAUGUCAAGUGUGAGCGUGUUUUUGUUUUUUUCGUUUAUAAACGUUGUUUUAUUACAAGGAACCGGAUCGGGCUCCAAUGGAAAUCUUCGGCUGUGUAUAGUGGAAGGCCGAGGAUCCUACAAACGUGCUCCAAAGUACUGCCCUAUAUUGGACACAGAGAAAUCCGGCAUCGAAUGCGUUUUAGGCACUGACAGGCUGGACUGCCUGCGUCGGAUCCACAAGGGUACGGUGGACUUCGGCGUGUUCAGCCCCGAAGACCUGAUCGCGACGCAGUGGGCCGACGUCGACGUGCUGGUCACCAACGAGCUGAGGCACAGAGCCAGGCCGUACGAGCGCCGCGUGGUAGCUAUAGUGAACCGCAGGAUCCUGCCGGACAGCUCGUCCAACCUGCACGCCAUCCUGCGCAACCGCACGCUGUGCCAUCCAGGGGUCGGGCUCGAUGACCUACGACCGCUCAGCGAGACCCUCUCCGCGUAUCUAGAGUCCCUGGUGAUGGAGAGGUCGUGCGACCCGAAGCUGUCCCUAACAGAGAACAGGAUCAAGUCCCUGGCAGGGUACUUCGGCCGCGCGUGCAAGGCUGGCGCCUGGGUGCCGGACAUGGAGCGGGAUGCUGAACUCAAGCGUAAGUACCCGUCGCUGUGCGCGGCGUGUCGCUUCCCGUCCAAGUGUGCGGCGAACGAUCCUUACUGGGGGGACCUCGGCGCGCUCAACUGCCUCGGCGAGGGCGCCGGUGACGUCACAUGGGCUGAACUGGAUGACGUCAACACAUACUUUGGGUUAACUCAGAGGCUGCCGAUGUAUUCAUACCCGUCGACUGAGAGGUUCGCGGUGCUGUGCCGCGACGGCACCUGGCAGCCGCUCAACAACAACACCGAGCUCUGCACUUGGCUGCACCGGCCCUGGCCCGUCGUCGUCGCCAAGAGGAAAGCGGCGGCGGCGGUGUCGUCGCUGGCGGCGGUGCUCAGCAACAGCACGGUGUCGGUGGACGAGCACUGGGCGGGCGCGCUGGCGGCGCUGCUGGAGAGCACGCAGGCGACGCCGCGGGAGCUGCGCCCGCCGCGCGCGCCGCUCGACUACCUCGCCUGCGCCAAGGGCUUCCGCGAGGCGUACAGCCAGACCGGCUGCGACCCGCCCAGGCACAUCACGAUGUGCACGACGUCGAUGCUGGCGCGGACCAAGUGCGACUCGCUGAGCGAGGCGGGCGCGGUGUACAACAUCGUGCCGCCGCUGCAGUGCGUCGUGAGGCCGAGCGUCGAGGAGAGCCUGCGCGCCGUCAGCGAGGGGGGCUGUGACGUCACCGUGGCUGACAGCGACUGGCUUAUCAGAGGCAUUAGAGACUACAACCUUUCGCCGUUGCUGCACGAAAUAUCUCCAAUUGUGGAACAAAUGAGUACCGUCGUCGCAUACGUGAGAAGUGACAGCAAAAUAACCAAAAUGGCCGAUUUGCGCGGGAAACGCGCCGCAUUUUCUGUGUACGACGGCGUGUCGUGGCAUUCGGUUUUACGUUACGUUACACAGAAAAACAAUAUGAGUUGUAAAGAUUAUAUGGACGGUUACUUCAAAGAGAUGUGUGCGCCGGGAAUUAACGGCACAGAGAGGCUGAAAAAUUGCUACGAACCUGGAGAGCAGAACGCGCUUAAAUCGCUCGCCGAUGGGAAGAGUGAUGUUGCUUUCGUCAGUAUGCGCGCUUUUAAUGAGUACAAAGCCAAUCAAAUUUCUGGAAGCGCCAACAUUGGUCCUUUGUGCCCCGAGGACAACAAAAUGUAUUGUUUCAUGAGUUGGUCAAACAUUGGACACAUAUUCUCGAAAAAGAACCUCACAGCGAUGCGACGACAGGAAAUAAUAAACGUUUUUACCAAGUUGGACAAAAUGUUUGGCAAACAUCCUCCGUUCCACACCCCUAUGUUUUCUAUGUACGGGCCUUUUAACCAUAAGUUGGACGUUUUGUUCCAUAAUAACACAAGAUCUUUAGCGUUAGACAAUAUGUUAAUAAAUCAUCCCUACGACAAAAUACCUAUGAAUUUCGAACGACAAAUUUUGAAUGUAACCGAUUUUGCGUGCGAUUUUGGCGCGAAAUCAACGCCAUCUUUAUUUUUGAUCUUAGCCAGUCUAGUCGCUUAUAUUUUUUAUAGUUGAUGUUUUUUAUAAAUAAAAAAUUGUUGUGCAUUUACAGCCUUCCUAAUAAACAUUAUUCAACUGUGUGUUACGUGACUGCCUUCCUCGUAUAAUUAUUUUUUUGGAGUCGAAGUAACAAAACUUUAAUAAAGUUCAUCACACUUGAAAAAUAUUUAUUAGUAUGGCCUUUUAUUAGUA